UUUGACCAUUUUACACGAUUUUCUGGGAAAAGGGGAAAUUCAAAUGAAUUCAGAAUUAUUUCAGUCCGUCACUUAGACAGCUAGCGUUUGCUAAGCUAACUAACCUACAUAAGGGAAGUGUAGUUCCGGAUCUUUUCAUCGAGUCAGAUCAUUUGAAUCAGCUUACCAAUAAGAACCGAAACUUUCAGCUUCCAAAUGACUCGUUGCCAUUUUAUUUGAACCCUGGCAGAAUUUGCGCUAAUUUGAAUAGCGAUAGAGGGCUUUCGAAUCAAUAAUGACAUAAAGGUCAUGAGUCGAUCAAGAUAGAGCAGUUGUGAUCAAGUGUGAUCAAGAUAGAGCAGUUACUACAGGAAUGAUGAGGGAAUCGCGGAUGAAUCAAUGAAUCAAAAACUGAGAUGUUUCCAUGGUAACAGUCUGAUUAAAUGACACGGAAUCGAAUCAAAGAGUCGAACCAUUCGCAACGACUCAUCACUGGUUGCUAAGUUUGCUAAUCAAGCCAAGUUUGACUAGCUGUAGCUAGUUUGCUUUGGUAAGUAGGAACAUGUCGGUUGUGACGGUGCAGUUAGGGCAGUGCGGCAAUCAGGUUGGACCUGAACUGUUUAGCACCGUGUAUGAAGACUCAAUUGGGGCUAAUUCAAAAACAUAUAAACAGUGCAGUGAUGAGAGAUUCUUCAGGGAGAACUCACAUGGAGAGCUGGUGGCACGUGCAGUUCUUAUCGAUAUGGAGCCUAAAGUUAUUACUCAAGCCAUAGCAAAGGCGUCGGCCUCAGGAAAAUGGAGAUAUGGGGAAAAAUCCCACUUCUGUCAGAAACAAGGCUCUGGAAACAACUGGGCAAACGGUUACUGUGUUCACGGCCCACAGCAUAAGGACGCAGUGGAAGAUCUGGUGCGGCGGGAGGCAGAGCGCUGCGAUCGCCUUGCAGGAAUAUUUGCCAUGAUGAGUGUGGCAGGCGGUACAGGUUCUGGAGUGGGCACCUACGUCACCCAGAGUCUGCGAGACACCUAUCCGCAUUCAUUUAUUCUUAAUCACCUGACAUGGCCCUAUGGAACAGGAGAGGUUAUCGUGCAAAACUACAAUUCGGUUCUCACUCUGUCUCGUCUGUACACGCUGUCCGACGCACUCGUGGUGCACGAGAAUGACACGGUGCACAAAAUCUGCAGCCAGCUGAUGAACAUCAAGCAUAUCGCCAUGUCAGACCUUAACAAGGUGAUCGCUCAUCAACUGGGCAGCGUGCUGCAGCCUGCAUACACCACAGACUCGCCUGCUCACUACAGCACAAACCCUAUAGGUGAAUUGCUGAGCUCACUGGUGUGUCAUCCUGAACACAAACUGCUCAACGUGUUGAACAUUCCUCACAUGUCUCAGGCAUCUCUUGCUUACAGUGCUUACACCUGGUCCGGACUGCUCAAGCAUCUGAGACAAAUGCUAAUCGCCAAUGCCAGAAUGGAGGAAGGUAUCGAUUGGAAAGUGUGUGUGCCGUCGAAGGGAGCCGAAAGCACAAGAAACGCACACACGGGUUUUAACAGAUCGGUCUCUAAUCUUCUCGUACUGCGCGGUAAAGACGUUCCUUCAGCCGACGUAGGAGCAUUUAAGGAGCCUGGACUCUACGUGCCCUGGCUUCCAGAAGAUGGCACUUUCCAUACGUGGCACUCACCUGUGCCCUUCAGUGGCUAUGAGAAGUUGGCCACUUUACUCAGCAACAGCCAGUCACUUUUAAAUCCUCUGGAUAAUAUUGUUAAGAAAGCCUGGAACAUGUUUGCCUCAAGGGCCUAUAUUCAUCAAUAUACCAAAUUUGGAAUUUCAGAAGACGAUUUCCUCGAAAGCUUCACCAUGUUGGAACAGAUUAUCUCCAGCUACACUCACAUUUGAACCUAGCUCGUUAUGUUAAAUGGUAUUUUUGUGUGGUGAUUGAGAUUUAUAUAUAUAUAUUUUUAUUACUGCCUGUUAACUGUAUAGUAAAAGACUCUGGAUGUGUUUAUCCUUGCUCUAUUUUCUACAAGCUGUUUAUAGCAAUAAAUGAACGUAUGUUUUCA